AUGGCUGUCAAAAAGCGCCAAAAGACUCUGUCGCAUGGUCGACCGCCGAUCAGCAAGCCCAAAGAGCGCAUGACCUCUGAGCGAUCCAGGACCAUCAUCCGCACACAUCACCGCCUGCAAAAGGAGCAUGCAGCAGCUUUGAAGAAGGGUGACGCCAAGUCCGCUGAAGCAAUCGCACUGGCUAUUGAAAAGAACGGGGGCAUCAAGACAUACCAAGCAGCUAGCAAGCAAGGUCAAGCAAAAGACCGAGGUGGUGAUUCUAGUAAAGUUCUAGUCGAAUGGUUACAGGAGUCGCAUGUGUUGGACCCCAAAGCGCGAGGUCGCAGUCGUACUACUGGAGAACCUGAACUGAGGUGCCUUGAAGUUGGAGCGCUGUCAACCACCAACGAGAUCUCCAAGUAUGCAAGCGUCAUCCAGAUGACAAGGAUCGACCUGAACAGCCAAGGCUCGGGCAUUGAAAAGCAAGACUUUAUGGAGCGGCCACUUCCAACAACCGAUGACGAACGUUUCGACAUUAUCUCGUUGUCACUAGUACUCAACUAUGUGCCCGAUGCUGUUGGACGGGGCGAGAUGCUCAAGCGCAUUCCGGAGUUUCUGAGGAAAGGCGCUGUGAAAACUGACGAACCUACCUCAGCCCUACCAGCACUGUUCUUUGUCCUACCAUUGCCAUGUGUCGACAACUCGCGCUAUCUGGAUGAAGAGCUCCUUUUGCAGAUCAUGCGUAACCUUGGCUUUACCAUGCGAUACAGCAAAAACACCUCGAAACUGUGUUACUUUCUGUUUACACUCUCACUGGAGCCAGCCAUCACAAAGGCUGAAAAGAGAAAGAUCAGGGACGGGCCAGGCAUGAACAACUUUUGUGUCGUUGUAGAGUGA